AUGAAACUCCCUCUCAGUGUCCUCAUUAGCAUAUGUGCCGCUACUAGUGCCGUCGCUGGAACCUACAAGCCCAAAUACCGCAUAUCGCCAAGUGACGGAUCAAAGAUUGCACUUCCAACGAAAGAACAGCUCGAUUUCCAAGACAAAGAGAUCGGCGUGCUCAUUCACUUCGAAAUAGCCACAUACCUAAGCAUUGACGGCUGCAACAAUGUCCCAAACUUAGUGCCCAAUGUAGAUCUAUUCGACCCCACUUUGAUCAAUACCGAUGCAUGGAUGGAUACAACAGCCGCCCUUGGUGCCAAGUAUGCCACGCUCGUCGCGAAGCAUAACUGUGGUUUCACGACAUGGCCGAGUCAAGUGACUUUCGAAAACCGGGACAACGAGACCGUGCCCUACAACUAUACCAUCGCACAGUCUCCUGUACAUGGAAAAGAUGUUGUGAAGAGCUUCGUCGAGUCGGCUCAAAAGUAUAACAUUGGCCAUGGGUUUUAUUACAGCGUUGUUGUGAAUAACUUUCUGAAUGUGCAGAAUUCAGAGGUUAGAGCCGGCUCUUGGGCGCCUGGUCAGGUUAAUGUCACCAACAGCACUUAUGACCAGGUUGUCUUUGACCAAUUGAGUGAACUAUGGAAGGAUUAUGGGAGUUUAACUGAGAUCUGGUUUGAUGGCGGCUAUAGCAGCUCACAACAAGACAAAAUUGAAGCUUUAUUGGAGGAAACCCAGCCCCAGGCUGUAAUCUUCAACGGCUGUGAUACUGAUGGGAAUUGCUUGUCCGCAAACUCUAUUCGAUGGAUCGGCACAGAAGAAGGGCAGGCACCGGAAGAGAACUGGUCAACGUACGUACUCUCGAGCUCUGAUAUUGAGUACAUGGAACUGCAAGAUUUCUGGAAUGCUGAUUUCCCUACUUCUGCCCAGCCGAAUGCGACACCACCCCUACAAACUGAAGACCGCUGGUUUUUCGGCGUCGACCAGCCACUGCGAUCCAUCGAAGAAAUGAUCGACGUUUAUCAUAAAACAGUCGGCCGCAACUGUCUUCUGGAAUUGGACCUCACACCCGACCGGAGUGGAUUGAUUCCAGCCAGUUAUGCAGCCCGGUACAAACAACUUGGCGAUUUUAUCAGCUCAUGCUAUGGUGAUCCCAUCGCACCAAAUGCAGCGCAUUCUCAGGCCGAUAAAGGAGAAUACUCUAUUAAAUUUGACUAUCCAACUGCCAUUGACCGCAUUGUUUUGAUGGAAGAUCAAAGUAAUGGCCAGGUUAUUCGAUCGUACCAAGUGCAGGCGAAGGUUGUUGACAGCCAGGACGCUAAUGGCACCCUGUCUGUGCCGUUCACUCGCGUCUCUAAUGGAACUAGCAUUGGUCACAAAAAGAUUGAUAUCUUUGAAGAGGCUGUCACGGUGACAGAGGUCCUCAUCAAGACAACAUAUGUGGAUACGCCAAAGUGGCGUUCCGUUUCGGUUCAUCUUUGUGAUCAACUGACAACAAAUGGCACUUCCAAGGCUGAUUAG